UAAGAUAAUAUAUUUAUAUUUAUAAUCAUAAAAAAUCACUCUGCCUAGGGCCAUCAAUGCAUUUAAUACGGCCCUGAAGAUAUGAGACUUAUAUCAAACAAAUAGUACAGUUAGCGAUUUAUUGAGUACAUCAUAGAAGCACUUCCUCAAGGUUUGCAUUAGGAUUUCAGUACCACAAAAGUCCAACAGAGGACAGUGGCAUGUCACAAUUGAUUCUCCAACAUAUCAGACAAUCUUUGGAAACACCUACGCAAUGCAACACCUGGGUGAGACAAGAGUACAAAGGUGGAAACAGAAACGAGUGGUUUUAUUUCAUUACAACUGCCAUCUUAUACCGGUCAGAGGAAUCUUGUUGAUCGUCGUUGGGUUGAUUACUAGAAGCCGUCAUAAAGGCUACCUUUAACAGUCAGCUCAUUUACAUUUUACUGCUUCAGGUAAACAGUGACGGCGUUUGUUAUCUCGUUCCACCGCUGGCUUUUUUGGCCGUAAAGACUGGCUUUGGAAAAUGCCUGGGGAAGCGAUGUCUGAAGAAGAGAUGCAGAGACAGCUUCACGCUACCAGCGUCCGUCUCGUACAGUGUGGUGAACGAGGUUUUCCUUUCUUGAUGGGUACCCUCCAAGGGUUCGUUGGCCUUUUGUUUGGCCUUCAGAUCGUCACACAUGCAAUGGGCUAUAGUAGUGGGGGAUUUGUUGAGUCUUGCACUUCCCUGUUGCCUGACCAUACAUUCAGUGGCGUAGAUUUUUUCCCACAGAGCGGCGCACCACCUUAUAAGGUCAAUGCCAUUGCCGGUGAGGGGGAGUCAAUUAUCGUGAGUCUAGGAGGCACGUCACCUGAUGCUCGACGAUUUACAGGGUUCAUGGUGGAUGUCCGGAAAUCAGAAAAUGUUCCUGCCAUGGGAAGUUUUGUUGAGUUUGGUCCUGGAAGUACUGGCUUGACUUGCAAUGGCAUUCAGGAUUCUGCUGUUACUCAAAACUCAAACGUUCCGAAGACUUUUGUUCAAGUUAAAUGGCAAGCACAGGAAAAUGGAUCCUCUUCAUUCUUUUUGCGAGCCACAUUUGUUGACAAGUUCACCAUCUUUUGGAGCCCAGUGGAUGUCACUAUCCAGACACCAGCAACAACAACGCCAUCAACUACAACACUAACUUCCGAGCAAAGUACAGAACAACCAACUACAGAACAACCAACUACAGAACAACAAACUACAGAACUACCAAAUACAGACCAACCAAGUACAGAACAACCAACUACAGGACAAACAAUAACAGAACAAACAAGUACAGACCAACCAAGUACAGAACAACCAACUACAGAACAACCAAUAACAGAACAAACAAGUACAGAACAACCAAGUACUACACUUGGUACACAAUCAACUACCAUACUUGUGACGCAACCAAGCACUAUACAACUCACUACUACACUUGGUACAAAUCCAAGUACUACACAAGGUUCAACACCAGCUCCCGAGGGUCCCAGCAGCACUCCUGACCUCGGGCUGUCGAGGCUUUAUCAGGCCCAGGCGUCCCUGAUCUGCAGCCUCACUAUUAACGGGCAUGGCUUCCUGCAGCCACCAACCAUGAAGUUAAUCAGGAUUUUGCAGUGGACUCUCUCGCUGGCAGCCGAGACCAUAUCGUUGACUUUACUUUGUAUAUGGGACUCUGGCUAUGUCCCUCCCAUUGCACUUGUGUCUGUUGUGCUGUUUACUAGUCUUUUAGGUUAUUGCUUGUUAAUAGCUUCUCUGGCCAUUGGACCCAGUCAUGAAUUGAAAAAAAUCCAUGAUGUUGUUUCCAAAGUGGUUACUAUCCUUCACGAGGUGCUCCUCCUCGCUGCAAUUUUCCUGUGUCUAUGGAAGAUCGAGGAGAGUGAUGUUAUGAAGAUUUGCUGUGACAGCCUCUUGCUUCUGGGAGCAAUGGCUGGUUAUGCUGCAUGGAGGUUCCUCUUUAUCCUAAUUUUCCUAUUGAUUAUUUUUCUUUUCAAAACAACAAUGGCACAAAGAAAUCGAAGAGGAAACGAUUAUACUGAUAGCAGAUGUAGGAAGAGCACAGUCAUCAUCUUUAACCUUGGAAAUAUAGCAUUCGCUAUUGCUUUGAUUGUUCUGAUGUUUCCUUGCUUCUGAUAUUUUCUACUGUAGAAAUCCAGUUUCAGAAUGAAACGGAUCAUUUAUUUAAAAUGAUGUCAAAUUACCUUCAUUCAAGCAUUUCCAUUCAUUAUUAUCAGGCAGUUAUUUAUUACAUUUCUGAUUUUGAGAUGAUAUCUCUUAUAAUACACGAUUUUUGUUCGGUUGAAUUGAUGAAUCAUAAAAUAACAAUUUGUUCAUGCCAUCACGGGUUAACUCAGUGCUGGUGAAGCUUCUGGGUUUUGUUAAAUGCCAAAUGCCAGUGUAAGCAUAAAAAUGUUUUUGUUUUGGCAAUCUAGUGUUAUAGGCCAUAUGUUGCUAUAUGCCCCGGCAUUUCAAAUAAAUAUCUCCCGUCUCCUC